CUGGAUGAAUCAUGAGUCAAAAACUGAGAGCUCUGUCUCUCUUUACUGGGUAUACUCAAGACUAUAUAUUAGCCUACACACAUUUGGUGGCCAUUCUCUCUCUCUCUCUCUCUCUCCUCCGAAACUGAACUCAGGACUGCAAAGAGACGAAGAUGCAGUACAACAAUCUCGGGCGAUCUGGUUUGAGGGUUAGCCAGCUCUCUUACGGAGCAUGGGUGAGCUUCGGCAACCAACUCGAUGUGAAGGAUGUGAAAUCGCUUCUCCAGUGCUGCCGUGACUGUGGUGUCAAUUUCUACGACAACGCCGAAGUCUACGCCAAUGGCCGUGCUGAGGAGAUCAUGGGACAAGCAAUACGAGAGCUUGGAUGGAAGCGAUCCGACGUCGUUGUGUCUACCAAGAUCUUCUGGGGAGGUUCGGGUCCUAAUGACAAGGGUUUGUCUCGGAAGCACAUCAUUGAGGGUACAAAGGCUUCGUUGAAGCGGCUUGACAUGGACUAUGUGGAUCUCAUUUACUGUCACCGCCCUGAUAUUCUGACGCCCAUUGAAGAGACGGUGAGGGCCAUGAAUUAUGUGAUCGAUAAUGGUUGGGCUUUCUACUGGGGAACUAGUGAGUGGUCGGCUCAGCAGAUCACCGAGGCCUGGGCGGUUGCUGAAAGGUUGGAUCUUAUCGGCCCUAUUGUCGAACAACCGGAGUACAAUCUCCUGUCUCGUCACAAGGUUGAAUCUGAGUACCUACCUCUUUACAGCAGCUAUGGUCUGGGUCUCACCACAUGGAGUCCUCUAGCUUCAGGAGUGCUCACUGGAAAAUAUAAUAAAGGAGUAAUACCACCUGAUAGUCGGUUUGCAUUAGAAAAUUACAAGAAUCUUGCCAGCAGGUCACUGGUUGACGAUGUGCUGAAAAAGGUUAAUGGAUUGAAUCCCAUUGCGGAGGAGCUGGAUGUGCCCUUAUCUCAGCUUGCAAUUGCUUGGUGUGCAGCAAAUCCUAAUGUCACAUCUGUUAUUACUGGUGCUACAAAGGAGGCUCAAAUUAAAGAGAACAUGAAAGCCAUUGAAUGCAUUCCAAAGCUGACUCCAGAAGUGAUGGAGAAGAUUGAGGCGAUUGUACAAAGCAAGCCAAAGCGCCAGGACUCAUACAGGUGAAGACAGGAGAAGACAUCAGCACUGGAGUAUUGCUUUUUUUUUUUUUUUUUUUUUUUUUUUUUUUUUUAAAUUACGGCAUGCAUUGGCCAGUGCCAGUCUAUGGAAUUGUGGUUAUGAUUAUGUUGUCUGGUGGACCUUAUUUUCCAUUUCUCAAUAAUUGGUUUUCAAUUUUUUUUCUCAAAUAAAAUGUAAGUUGAGAAACAUGGCGAUCUGUUCAACCAUUGUUUCGGUAAAUUGGAUAUGAAUCAGUGCAAGAGAUGCAAAGGUUAGAUUA